UGAUUUUAAGUUAAUAAUCUCUUCUUAUCUUUAAUUAAAUUCAAACUCAAAACUAUUAUCAAAAUCACACUCAUCCCAUAACCUUCGUUGAUCAAACUCCAAACUCUGAAUUUUCCCAAAAAUGGGGAAACUCGCAAUUUUAAUCUACAUAUCAAUCUUUUCCCUUCUUCUAAUCCUAAUCUCUCACACCCCAACAAGACGCCUCCGCCUCCGCCACCGCCGCCUCCGCCUCCGCUCCAAUUUCACCUUCAAUCCCCUCCUCCACCGCCAGCAACACGACCACUACAUCCCCUUUGACCCUCUCAUCGCCGACAUCCAGCUCCGCCGCGAGGACGACGAAUGGCAGAAGCAUUCCCUCCAACAUUCCGCCGCCGCCGAUUCCCAUCCCGAGUGGGAAGAGUUCAUUAACGACGAGGACAGGUUCAACGUCACCGAAAGAUUGUUCUGGCUUUUCCCCAAAAUCGAUGUCGAUCCUUCUGAUGGGUUUGUUUCUGCGGAGGAAUUGACUCGCUGGAACUUGCAGCAGGCCAUGAACGAAGCUCUGCAUCGGACUGAAAAGGAAUUUCAAUCUCAUGAUGACAAUCGUGAUGGGUUUGUUUCCUUUGCCGAGUACGAACCCCCCACUUGGGUUCUAGCUGCCGGUAAUGACUCUUUCGGCUACGAUAUUGGCUGGUGGAAUGAGGAGCACUUCAAUGCAUCAGAUGCAGAUGGGGAUGGGGUUUUGGACAUAAAUGAAUUUAAUGACUUCUUGCAUCCUGCUGACAGCAAGAGCCCAAAGCUGCUUCUAUGGUUAUGUGCAGAUGUAGUAAGGGAAAGAGAUAACGACAAAGAUGGAAAGCUCAACUUCAGUGAGUUUUUCCCUAGAAUUUUUGACUUAGUAAGAAGAGUCGAUGAAGAUUACAGUUCAUUGAAUUGGGAUGACGAUGAACUGGAGGCACGGGCAAAAAAGAUGUUCUCCAAUCUUGACAAAAACUCUGAUGGAUACCUUUCAACAACAGAACUGUUGCCUAUAAUUGGAAAAAUCCAUCCACCAGAGGCUUACUAUGCAAAACAACAAGCAGAAUACAUCAUCUCUCUGGCAGAUAGUGAUAAUGAUGGACUCCUGACUUUGAACGACAUGAUCGACAACCCAUUUGUGUUCUACAGCUCUGUUUUUAGUGAAGAUGAGAUGGAUUAUUAUCCGUACCAUGAUGAAUUUCGUUAGAUGGAUACUGUAAGAACAACCAUGAAAUUUAGUGGUUAUCUAAAGAUAACAUAAUAUGUGACGACGAAACGACGUUGAGAAAGCUCGGCGGUUAUCAAGACAUUUUUAUUUAGAAAAUAUUAGUUAGAGGUGAUUUGCUUGCUUGUCUAUCAUUCGUUUGUAGCCUAGUUUUGUUUUAGUCCUAGCUCAGAGUCCGUUUUAAUUUGUUGGGUCCCGUUUGUUAACCAUUUGAUUUUUAUAAAUUAAACCUAUUCCAAAAACAAGUUUCCAAAAAAAACUAUGUUUUCUGGUUUUCAAAACUUAAUUUAGUUUUUGAAAAUAUUGGUAAAAAAUGGAUAACAAAGUAAGAAAUUUAUUAGUGUAAUUGGUGUUUAUAAACUUAUUUUUAAAAAUUAAAAACAAAAGAUAAAAAACCAAAUGGCUACCAAACCGGGACUUGGUUAGUUAUAGAUAAUUUGGGUCUCGUUUGGUAAUCAUUUGGUUUUUAGUUUUUGUUUUUUAAAUUUAAGUCCACUUCAUCUAUAUUUUUUUACCAUGAUUUGUAUCUCUCUCAAGUACAAUAGUUGAAUUAUUAGCCAAAUUUCAAAAAUAAAAACAACUUUUUGAAAACUAUUUUAUUUAGUUUUAAAAAUUUGGCUUGGUUUUUUAUACCAUUGGUGAAAAGUAGAUAACAAAGGAAGAAAUCUGGAGAUGAAAGUAGUGUCCAUAAGCUUAAUUUUAAAAAACAAAAAUAAAAAACAAAAUGAUUAUCAAAUGGGACCUUGAUUACUUGUUUAUCGUUCAUUUAGUUUUGUUUUGUUUUGGUCUUAGCUUAGAAUCAGUUUUCAUGGGUUGGAAAGGCAUUUGUCAAUUUUUUAAUUUUUUUUUCCAUUCAUUUGGGAAUAUGUUGUAGAUAUUUAGAGUAGUUAAAAAAAAAUUGAUUUUAUAGAAAAAUUGCUUCUCAAUUAUUUAUUUUUCU